UAUUCCUAUAUAUAUGCCAGUGUCCCUCUUAGUUCAUAAGUUAAUUUGUUUCAAAAGUUUCGAGCAGUCACUACUUUUAUUAGUGUUUAUUUUACUUUUAAGUUGGACUAAAACUUCACCAAGAAAUUUGCUUAUUUGUUAAGCAUUAGUGGUCAAAAUGAAGGGAUACUUCUUGGUUUUGUUCGUUAUUGGAUUUACUCACGCACAAUUCAAAAAUGGUAGAAUUUUAGAACCUCCAGUCCCAAGACUUUGCGCUCAAAGGACAAUUCACGAAAGAUUUACUGAUGGAAAGGGAUACAUGUUCAGCUGGAGAGAACCAUCGUUAAAAGGGGUUGAAGAAGAUUGGUUAAACGCGCGAAACUAUUGCCGACAACGUUGUAUGGACUUGGUGUCUUUAGAAACUAGCGCUGAAAACGAAUGGAUCAAAGAACGAAUUGUCAAAGACAAGGUAAAAUACAUUUGGACAUCGGGUAGAUUAUGUGACUUUAAGGGUUGCGAUCGCCCUGACCUUCAACCUGUAUCGGUAAACGGAUGGUUCUGGACUGCCGAACUCCAGAAACUGGCUCCUACGACCCAGAGAGAUCAAAACGACUGGAGUGAAACGGGUGGUAUCGGAAAACCCCAGCCGGAUAAUAGGGAAGCUCAGCAGGGUGGCGCGAGUGAAAAUUGUUUGGCUGUUCUCAACAAUUUCUACAAAGACGGCGUCAAUUGGCAUGACGUUGCCUGUCAUCAUGUCAAACCUUUCGUAUGCGAAGAAAACGACGCUUUAAUAAAGUAUAUCAAAUACACCAACCCUCAUCUUCAACUUUAA